CCUCAUAUUUGCCGCAACAAGCAUAUAUAUCACCAAAGCUGGACGAAGCAAACCGAGCCAAAACGACGUGUCCAGACACGAAAAUACACAGCAUAGCAGUCGUCGUAUAGAUAUACAGUGAACAAGUGAUCGUUGGUCCAUGGCAGCCUCGCCGCUGCCGAGAUGGGCGCCGACACCAAGCCCGACCAGACCACUCAGGGUGUCGAGCGCCGGCGGCCAAACAGCCGUGUCUUCGUCAUCAUGGAGCUGGGCAUUCUGCCGCUCGUUCAUCGGCUCCGCCGUCGUCUACCCGCCGUGGAGGCGCUCUACACCACCGCCACCGCCACCGCCAGCGCCAGCGGGUGAUCCGGCGGCGGCCAAUGCUGCUGCGGACGAUGGUCGUCGUCACGGCCGGUUUUGCUCUCAUCCGUUGGACUGUGUUGGAGCCAGAGACUGCAGCCUUCCAGAGGACGCCGGCGGCGGCCGUGAGGUGUUCCUGACAUGGGAGGAUCUUUCGGUGACAGCGUCGUCGUCGACUGGCGGGAAGGCGAAACCCGCGGUAAUUCUCGACAAGAUCAGCGGGUACGCGCGCCCUGGUGAGGUGCUGGCCGUCAUGGGGCCUUCGGGGUGUGGCAAGACAACCCUACUUGAUGCCCUAGCUGGACGACUUGGUUCUGACAAGAGAAGGACGGCGGGUAACAUCUUGAUCAAUGGGCGACGAGAGAAACUUGCCUUUGGAACAUCUGCCUACGUGACCCAAGAGACGCUGCUGAUGGCGACGCUGACGGUGACGGAGGCCGUCCACUACUCGGCGCAGCUGCAGCUGCCGGACUCGGUGCCGCCGGCCGACAAGCGGGAGCGCGCCGACCGCGCCAUCAAGCAGAUGGGGCUCGCCGCGGUGGCCGGGCACCGGAUCGGCGGCCGCGUGUGCAAGGGGAUCAGCGGCGGGCAGCGCCGGCGCGUGAGCAUCUGCGUCGAGCUGCUGGCGUCGCCGGCGCUGGUGUUCCUCGACGAGCCCACCAGCGGGCUCGACAGCGCCGCGUCGUUCCACGUCAUGAGCCGCAUCGCCGGGCUCGCGCGGGCCGAGAGGGUCACGGUCGUCGCCACCAUGCACCAGCCCAGCAGCGAGGUGUUCCAGCUCUUCCAUGGCCUCUGCCUCAUGGCGUACGGGAGGAUGGUGUAUUUUGGGCCAGCGUCGGAUGCCAUCCAGUUCUUUGAUUCGAAUGGUUACCCAUGUCCUAUGAGAAGGAACCCUUCAGACCACUUCUUGAUGAUGAUAAACAAAGAUUUCGAGGAACUUGAGGAAGAAGGGUCCACCGCCCUUCUGUUACCAAGUGCGACUGAAGUCAUAGAAACUUUGGUAGAUUCUUUAAUGUCUCAGAGAAGUUUGGCAAUAAGAAACGAAGCAUUAUUUAUGAUGAAACAGCAGGGCGCAGCUUUCACAAAGAAAAGGCAAGCUACUUUCUUGACCAAAUGUGUGGUGUUAACCAAGAGAUCAGUAAUCAACAUGCAUCGAGACAUGGGCUACUACUGGUUGCGGUUCGGUAUUUAUAUAGCCAUCUGUGUGAGCAUUGGCACCAUCUUCUUCAACGUUGGCUAUGGUUUUGCAUCGAUCCAAGCAAGAGCGUCUAUGUUAAUGUUUACAUCAACCCUAUUGACAAUGAUGUCAAUCGGGGGAUUCCCCUCGUUUGUCGAGGACAUGAAGGUGUUCAGAAAAGAGCAGCUGAAUGGGCAUUACGGUGCUACUGCAUUUGUCAUCGCUAACACGGUCUCAUCAACACUGUACCUGGGGAUCAUCUCCAUAAUACCGGGCGCAGUAUGCUACUACUUGACCGGGCUCCAGAGGCGCUUGGACCACUUCCUCUACUUCGCGGCGGUGCUAUGGGCUUGCACGAUGCUGGUCGAAGGGCUGAUGAUGAUCGUCGCUGCCCUUGUGCCUGAUUUCCUGCUGGGCAUAAUUACUGGCUCAGGGAUACAGGGCCUGCUAAUGCUCAACGCUGGUUUCUUCAGGCUUCCACACGACCUCCCCAAACCCUUGUGGAAGUACCCGACGUACUACAUCUCCUACCACAAGUACGCUACGCAGGGGCUCUACAAGAACGAGUUCCUAGGUUUAGUGUUCGAUGAUGGUGUGUUAGGAAAGGGGCUCACUGUUAGUGGUGACUAUAUACUGAGGACCAGCUUGCAGGUCGAGAUGGGCUACUCGAAGUGGGUGGACCUUGCAAUAUUGCUUGCCAUGGUCUUCAUCUAUCGGGUCCUUUUCUUAGUCACUAUUAAAGUAGGUGAGGCGGUCAAACCCAUGAUUAAAUGCAUGUCGAUUAAAGUUUAAGAAGGGUUUUAUAUGUUUUCUUUUCUUUUCUUUUCUUUUCUUUUCUUUACUUUAGCCAGAGAUAGAUAUGAUAUGAUGCCGCCGUCAGUUGGCUGCACAUCAUCAAUGCAUUGUAACAGUAUAAGCUUGUUCAACCUCCAACAAAUAAUGGACCUUGACAAAUUGUUGGGAGUUUAAGAAAUUCCUACAGAAUACGGAAUUCCUGCUGAA